UAACUCUCAGUGAGAUCAAACGCUUAGACUGCAUAGAAAUGAACUUGCUACGCUCGAUACUUGUAUUUACAACAUUGGUUGCUGUAGUACUAAGCGAACAGCUUCGAUUUGACAACUACCGAGUGUACGAAGCAUCCAUUGAAAAUGCUGAGCAAUUGAAAGUUCUGCAGUACUUGGAACAGUUUCCGGACGGGUAUUCCUUUUGGGAAUUUCCGGCGCAAUUGGGUAUGAAGGUGGACAUUAUGAUUCCACCUCACAAGAUUGCCGAUUUCGAGGCACUAGAUGCACGGCUGGAAAUGACAUCUAGAGUAAAAAUUUCAAACGUUCAAAAAUUGAUCGACAAUGAAAGACCUCUUCGAACAAAACGCGAUGGUUUUGGUUGGGAUGACUAUCACACGUUGGAUGAAAUGUACGAAUGGAUUGGUGGGUUAGUUGCUCAAUACGAACAAGUGCUUUCCGUGGAAUUGGUUGGUCACUCGUACGAAGGUCGUGAAGUAAGAGCUGUCAAGUUGUCGCAUAAGGUUGGAAACCCAGGAAUUUUCCUAGAGUCAAACAUACAUGCCCGUGAAUGGAUUACCUCUGCCACCACUACCUGGAUAUUGAAUGAACUGUUGACUUCAUCUGAUCCGCAAGUGAUGGAACUCGCUCAGAACUAUGACUGGUACAUUCUACCUGUAGUCAAUCCGGAUGGGCUCAAUUAUACCAAGGAAGUCAAUCGAAUGUGGAGAAAAACUCGCUAUCCACAUAACAUAUUGUGCUAUGGCGUGGAUAUGAAUAGAAAUUUUCCCUAUCACUGGAUGGAUGGUGGAUCAACAAUGAAUCCCUGUUCGGAUGUCUUUGCUGGACCCGAGCCGGCAUCUGAGAUAGAAACAAGAAAUAUUAUGGAAUACUUUACCAAAUAUAAAGAGCAAAUUCAUUUUUAUCUUUCGUUCCACUCCUACGGUCAAUUGAUUCUACUGCCGUUUGGAUAUGAAAACGCAGAGAAAGUGGACAAUUUCUACGAUUGGAUGCAAAUGGCGGAGGCCGCGGCCAUCGCACUUUACAAAAGAAGUGGCACACAAUAUACAUUCGGGAAUACUGCUGAAGUUCUGUAUAUUGCAUCUGGUUCAACCCGAGAUUGGGCAUUGGGAGUACAUAACGUGCCGAUUGCAGUGUCGUACGAGUUCCGUGAUCAGGGAAGCUAUGGUUUUCUCCUUCCUGCAGAUCAGAUAAUUCCAAACUCGGAAGAAGUUUUAGAUUCAUUGGUUGCUUUUCUAAACAAAGCACGCGAUUUGGGAUACUUUACUGUUUGAUGAGAUCGAAUUUCGAAAUUCUACUUUAGACCUCUUCACAUUUUGAAAAAGUUUUGAAUUUAAAAACUUUCGCCAAAAAUGACUUAAUUUGGACAUGAUUUAAAGGUGUCUCCAAUCAAAAAUCCUGUUUUUGCUAUGUUUCCAUAGUAAGAUAACUUACACUCUGAUUUAAUAGGCCCUGCAUACCCACAUACCAUCAAAUGUGCUUCCUUAGACAUAUCUGAAUACGUUUGAACAGGUGAACAUAGCUCUAAUCGCAUUAGAAAAUUUGUUAACUGGAUUUUUAUAUAGAAAAUAAUA